GCCUUAGAACACAUGAGGAGACCUUUUGUUGUAACUGCAAGAGUAAUCAUUUCUUCAUUAGGCUUCUUGAUGCUUGGAACUUUUAUUUAUACAUUUGUUGUUUAUGGAUCUCCAAUCCAUGUCUCAACGUGUAUGAUAGCAGUAGUGAUUGACUUCUAUUUCCAUGUUGUGGCUUUAUCAGUGUGGGUGGCAUAUAAGGAAUCAAGUUGGAUAAGUGCUUUCUUUUGGAUACUUUCACUUGUAUGUUGUGGGAGCAUUGCUACAUGUGUAUACAUAGUGAAGCAGUUGUUCUACCUCUCCCCUCAGCAGCCUAUUUCCCUUGUACUUGUCAACAAUAGUAACAGGUAAGUUGCUGCCUAUGGAUGUACGUAGUAUACCCAUAUUGGAUAGGGAUAAUGACUUAGAAGACCAUUGAAGUUUCAAAUUUGUUCAAAAAACACCAUUCAAGUAUUACAUGUUCAAAAAACAUCAUCAAACUAAGAUAUAUGUACAAAAUAACACCAACGAAGUACAUAUUCUGUUCAAAAAACACCAUCUUUAUGGUUUGGGGUAACUUACAUGUUUAGCCCCUAACUUUUUUUUCUUAC